CUUGACAGAUGAGGAUCUGAAGGAAUCUGAAAGUGUUGCAGAAGAAGAUAUAAAAAAUCCAGCAGUUCAUCCGCCAUGCAGCAUUCCAGAGGACAGUGAUUCAAGUCAAACAGAAAACAUGACUGAUGAUCACUGUAGCACACAGAUGACUGAAACUGCAGAGAGCACUUGUCAUGCCUCACCCCAGAUCAAUAUCACUGAGCACUUCUCUCCAGCUCACACAAGCCAUGUUGACCCAAUUAAAGACACUGAUGAGGACACUAGUGAGGUGAUUACCCCAGAGCUCCCUGCUAAAAUCACAGAGGACCCAGGGUAUCAAGAGAUCCUGGAACAGCCCAAUCUAACCAUGGCUACAUCCCCCAAAACCCCAGCUUGUACAGAUGAUAUUCAGGAGGAGGACCAGAGCAAGCAUUUAGCCAUGCCUCCACUAAGCCCCUGCUUACCAGAUUCCCCACACGGAAGCUCUUCUUUGCAAAUGGAGGAUACUGAGCUGAAAACAAAAUGGAGUAACAACAGUGAGCCUACCCAAACAGAGGUACCCAGAGAGGAACAAAAUAAGGUGCACUGCAUGAAAGAAACACUCAUUGUUGAACCAUCAACGACAGCAGUAGCUGCAGGGUUGGACCACUCCCCUAUCCCUCAGCUGGAAUUUGGAAUGACCGAGUGUGAAAAGUCUAUAUCUGACACGAUGGUCUGUGAUUCCAUUGUUUCUGUAAACUCUAACCUCACUGUCCCCUCUACAACUGAAACAUUCCCAAGCAAAGACUCUGUUUAUGAUUUCAAAUUAAGUCCCCUGAAUUAUAAAGAGGUUUCUGAAAAUCACUUCGACUAUAACUUCACCUCUCUCCCAUCGGAAAAAGAAAUUGAUGAGUACACAUGUAUAAAGAGAAGUCCAAAAUCGGAUUGUGAUGAUCAAAGUAAUACUGACUUGCUGUUACCCUCAAAUGAACUCAGCACAGCACAUGAUGUCCAGGGGCAAAAUUUGUCAGCUAAUCCAAACAAAUUAGAGGCACUGGACAUGUCUGCUAUUCCCCUACAAAAGAGUCAUAUUCAAGACAAUGACAAAUGUUCAUACAGUGAUGUAACAUGCAGUCGACAACAAGAAUGCACCUCUACAAAUAAAAUACAUGUGAGCAAGAUGGGGAACUGCCAUGUGGCUCUUGAAACAAUUGAUUUCAUGGAUUUACACUUGGGCCUAUUGAAGAAAACAGAUGGUGAGAGUUUUGACACAUUAACGAGUCCCGAUGAGGAUAUGUCCUUUACCUUGAGAGAGAGCAAUGCUGAGUCCAGUGAUGAGAAUGCUCCCCAAAGCCAGGGAGAGGCUGCAGCAGAAUCUUCACCGACAUCAACACCCCCGAAUCAAAUCCCGGAACAAUUACAAGAGGGACUGCUUACAAAGCAUGCUGAGGCAAAAGCCUUCCCAAAAAAGAAUGGUGCCCACCACACAGGCCAAGGAAACUUUCAGUGUGAAAUUUGCUCAAUGUAUUUCCGCACUCUGCCAGGACUGAAAAGACACAAAGCCAUGAAACAUGUGGUGAAGACCAAUGUGAGCUCAGCCUCUACAAGUGUAACCAUGAGCAAUAAUACAUCUAUUUAUCAAACACCAGUGUCUCUACACAAAGACGUCCAGCCACUACUGAAUCUGCACAGCAUGCAAACACAGGGUGAUGGAAUGUCUCCUAAUCUAGAGGAGCCAGGUUUGAUUUUAGACAGUACUGCGAGUGAACCAGACGCUUCAUCAGAGCCUAACCGUACUGACAAGAAAAGUCCCCCGGCAAUGGACAAGGCAAGAAAAAAUGGCAAAACCUGGAAAAACAAAAUUCCUGAAGUUGGAGGUGGGAGUUAUCCAUUUAACAUUGUGAAGGCUGACCCUUUUCCUGAGGAGCUGCUUACCAUGCUGGAGGCAGACAUAUUGCAUUCCAUACCCCCUGAGUUUCCAUCCGUGUCCCAGCAAGGAUGCUAUCAGUUUCCUGAAAAAACAGAUACAGCCCAUAGCCAUGAAGGGGCUGAAGUGGCAUGCUCAGAAAAACAUACUUUGGAGAGUGGCAUUAAUGAUCCUGAGUUCACCACAGUUCCCACGGAACCAUUUGAUAUUCAAAAGCAGGAUCUUGUUGCAAAUGAAAGUGAUUCCCUACACAGCGGCCUUAAAACCUCAGUAGCACCAGAAGAACCAGGCACCAGUGGAACAGAUGCAAUGAUUGGCAGGGACUUUGACAUGAGUGGGGAGCAGACUUGCAACAUGAAAACAACAUUUGCACAGACUGAUCCUUUGGGACAGGAAAGCAUGGAUGCUGUGCUAGAGCACAAAGUGGAAGUGGAGAUUAAGAGUGAAAAGAGUAAUUACCCCACAGAGGGUGCUGACUCAUCCCCCUGUUCUUUUAAAGAUGCCCCAGCUAGUCCCUCGGGUCUCGGACCAGACCUUAACGCCCUCCUUGAUGAUGAGAGUACAUUUUCACAGUUAUUCCCUAGAACUGAGGAAAUGAAAAGAAAAAAGUGCCCAAGGGUGUACGGCAAGAGCAAUAAAAAGCUAAAAGUAGCACAAAAUAUUCCAGUGGUUCAAGAUUAUCCUCCUGCUGACAUGUUUCUUGACAGGAGAGAGGACUACAAGGAAAAGAAGACUGACAAAAUAUUUGUGAACAAUAUCAGCGCUUGUGAAUAUGAAACCAUAUCUAUUGAUGAUGCAAUCAUGUUAGACAUGUGUCACAAAGGCACGAUUAAAGGUUCUGCUGAAAAAGAUGGUCAGAGUGACAGCAUGACAAAAGAAAAGAGCUAUGAAAAAAACACAGACCAUGGCAUGGCAUUCUUGUGCUCGACUGAUGACAUCAUUAGCAAAGUCCCUGUGCCCUUGGAGCCCUCAAAUGCUAUUGACAACACAGAUCCCCAGGUCUCUCCAGAUGACCAAUCUUGCAAAUCGGAACCUACUGGUCCUUCUUGCCCACUCCAAUUAGCGGAUACUUUCCCUGGUGCUCCCUGCGUCCAGGAAAGCGUUACACAUUUCCCUAGCAUUGACAUUCAGAACCUCAACACCACAUUCCAACUUCCAGAAAUUCAAUUUUUUGAACCUGGCAAAGACAUCCCGCUAGUUGGGAGCAUCCUCAAUGAAGAUGAUGUGUUGCAGAGUCUUCCCACUGAGAGUGAAAAACCUGCAAAGAAGCCUGCAGAGCGGAAGGGCAGAAAGCGAUUGGAGGCAGGACAGAAACCCAAGGACAAACAGUACAAGUGUAAAGUUUGCUUCACGUGGUUCCUCACCUUGGGGGAGUUGAACUUCCACAAACUCUCCCAUAACCCGUCGCCACCACCCACCUGCUACAUGUGUGUCCAGCGCAAGUUCAGCUCCCGUGAGCAACUGCGAGAUCACCUGAGAGAAAAGCAUGCGAAAAACAAGGCGGGAGUCUGGGCAUGUGGCAUGUGCCUAAAGGAGAUAUCAGACGUGUGGAUGUAUAAUGAGCACCUGCGCGAACACGCCACCCAGUUUGCCCGCAAAGGCCAAACUCAGAGCUCCAUCUUGGACAUGCCAGGCUGUUUCAUGCAGGAAAACGCUGUGAAGAACUUCAUCACCUCAAUCAUGCAGCACCAACCCAGCAAAUCCUCUAAAGGGGACUCAGCCAAGUCAUCAUCCAAGGAGGAUAAGAGAGCCACAGUUGACACAGCAGGGCAAGAGCUGAAGACAGUCGAUGACAGUGAUCCCACCGUGACGAAGACCAAGGGCAGUAGCGGGGGUAACAAACAUAGCACUUUCACACCACUCGAGGUCCUUCAGAAGGCCGAGAUCACUCCGAAGAAUGUCGAGAUGCAUCCCAACUGCAAAGAUCCCUCCAGAGACUGCCACCACUGUGGCAAACAGUUCCCCAAACCGUUCAAGCUACAGCGACAUCUCGUGGUGCACAGCUUGCAGAAGAUCUUCCUCUGCCACAAAUGCCCCGUCUCCUACCAGGAGGCCAAAGACCUUAAGGACCACCUGAAGAAUGAGCAUGAGGAGGUAGACGAGUCUGACUCCAAACACACCACUCUGUAUACCUGUGAGCUAUGCGCUGACGUGAUGCACGUGAUCAAAAAGUCCUUCAUAUGUAGCACGUGCAACUACAUCUUCUCCAAGAAGGAGCAGUAUGACCGCCACAUGGAGAAGCAUCUCGCUGGGGGAAACAAAAUCUUCAAGUUCAGAGGGGUCCUGAGGCCCUGCAAACUGAGACCUGAGUCCUCUUCCAAAGAUGACAGCUUCAACAUGCCACCAAGUAAGAGGAGGAAAACCCUACCAGAGAAUUUACAGGAAAAUAGCUCCGACAGUGGUAUUGCCAGUGUUGCCUCUUGCCACUUAGGUCAGAGUGCAGACAUGGAGGUGUUAAAAUCUGCAACGGCUGAGCCUACGCAGUGCAGUGACGAUGAACACGAGAGAAAGACAAAUGAUGCGAAUGUGAAGACAGAGGAAGUUGAGAUUCUUGGCGAGCUCAAACAAUGUCAGUUCCGUGUAGACCAGACUUGCCCCCUACAUGCUAUACCAAAGACAGAGGAAAGCGACGACCGGUCCCACACUGAAACUGCCCAAGAGACGAAUAAUAUUGGCACCGAUGACACGUGUAUGACAGUCACCUGUGAUGUUAAGAAAGAAGAUGACCCUCUUGGUAGCCCAAAACCAGUAUCACCCAUAACAUCAGCUAAGGAUAACCGUGUUACUGAAGUUGAGAGAGACUGCACAAUCAAACCUAAACAGUGUUAUUCAGAAGCAAAUAUCCAAAACAACUUAAAAGAGGCAGAUGACAACAAAACAGAGGUGGGAGAAUCCUCAGAUGUACCAUUGAGUGACCCACAGGCCCCUGACGUGCCCCAUAAAGACCAGCCCAUGUCUUACUCCCCCAACCUGACAGAACAAAUGAGGGAAGAGAAAGCUAAAGUCCACCCUGUUCUCACCCCGGGCAGUGACACUGAAGGCAAAGACCUUCCAUCUGUAAGUGGCACCGAACAAUUUGUCUCUCCUCAGAUCAAGGAGAAAGCAUCUUUUAAAGGAGGUGAGAACCACAAGCACUGCCCCGGAACCAGCCCAAGGGCAUUGGCUUCUGGUCCCACGGAGGUAUCACCUGUCCAUCAUGCCAAGGUCACUCCCUUGACCUCGUCAUCCAACGAAGACAGGGAUUCAACGAGACCACAGAAAAAAAGGAAAGAGCUGAAACCGGCCCACAGCUCACAGAGGACAUCAUCUCCGGUUGCGCGGGAGAACCUUGGCAUUGACUCGCGGGUGAAGAAGAAGUUCCGCCCUGGUAAAGCUGAAAUCCCCUCAGGCCCCAGAAAGCCAGAUGCCCCAGGUGACUACCCUGUGCUAUCGUCUGUGAAGGAUGACACUGUCAGCAACAAGAAUGUCUCCAAGCACAGAACAGGGACUCUUGGCCUGCAUCUCAAAAGAGGCUCCCUCGACAAUUACCCGCCAAAGAAGACAGAGAUUGUACGACAUUUAAAUGUGGAUUUUAAAGGGAAGAGGUUAGGUCCUGGUAGGCCUGUCCAGUCCCCCACUUCUAAAGUGUCAGUGCCAUCAAUGAACAAUUCCUUGAACAAGUCCAGACCUAAAGCAGGGGUCAGAUCAGUGGACACACACUCCUACCGCACUGCAGAGUCACAGAAUAACCUCCUGAGCCAGUUGUUUGGCCAGAAACUCACUAGCUUUAAAAUUCCUUUAAGGAAGGACACUUCGGAAUCAAUAAACUGAGGAGAGUACCCUGAGAGAGUGCAAGGCGCCGGAGAGUGGCGGCCAUGGCUAUACCAGGGACAUGUUCUGACUCUCCCCUCAGUGAUAACGUUUUCACUUUUUAUUUAGUCACUUUAUUUCUUUUUCAUCUUCUUUUGUAAAUGUGCUGUUGCAUUAAUGUGAGGACCAAUGGAAAAGACUAGUUUAUAAAAUAUAAAAUAUGAUGUGCAGGAACUUUUUUGAAAGGACUUUAUUCCCUUUCCUCUGAAGUUUGACAUUAUCUUUUUAAGAGAGACUUUAUUUCAUUUACAAAAAAAGAAAAGAAAAAAAUAUUACUUGAAAAUAAACAGAAAAUAUUUUUUGUUAAAUAGUGCAUGACAGUAUGACCUUCACAAGAAUUGUUAUUCUUUUGGGAGAACAGGGCCAAAGGACUCUUCAAAAUAAUAUGGACCAUGGCAAAAUGUCUUUGUUUAUGCUUUAGAGACUUACUGCUUUUAUAUCCUUUUACAUUUCUUUGUAUUGGCUUUUGUAUAACAUUAACUGGUGCUAUACUAUGUUGUACUGUAAUGUGAACACAAAUGUCCUCCAUUGGAAGGGAAUAGGUCACGGUUUCUCUUCUCUUCAUUCCACAUGCUGGUACUCUAGGUCCUGCAAAAAAAAAAAAAACUAUGCAAGAAGGAAAUACUGUUGAUCAUAUCAAAGGGUGCAGUUCUUUUUGAGUGUUUAUCUGGCUUCUUGGAAAGGGCAUUAUGACAGCCUUUUUUAAUCAAUUGCAUGAGAUCACAUCUGUCGAACUCAGGUGCUAGCAAGCCCUUAUCUGAAAGCUCUCCCGUGCACUGACGUCUCCACACAGAAAACCCACACUCCAUCAUCUGUCUGUCCUGCAACUGUUUAGGACUCAUAUUUACUAGAUUCAAAAAAGGUGCUUUAUCUUGUUGAUAUGUAUCUUAACUUUGUAUAAUAUUGUAGGUAGUUUAUUUCUUGUGCAAUGCAUAAUGUCAAAGGUUUAUUUUAAUAAUAUGCAACAGAGUCGAAGAAUAAGAAGAAAGGGAAUUGUUCAGACUAUGAUUGGCAUUGAAGUGGUUCACAAAGUGCCUCAUAAAGUUGGUCAUUGAAAGUC